CGUAAAAUAAAAAUCAUUUAAAAUAACUGCAAAUUUGCUGACAUUGGGACUUUGUUAACCAGUAAAGUAAAAUUUACUGUUGUUGGAGUUGACAUGGACUCUAAUAAAAAAGCCACGGUCGUUGAUGUCGAAUCUGAAGAUGACAUCGUUAUUUCUGGCAUCGCCGGUAGAUUUCCUAAAUCGGACAAUAUUAGACAGCUUCAAGAGAAUCUAUUUAACAAAGUGGAUCUUGGAACAGAUGAGGAACGACGAUGGAAUCAUGCUCACCCAGAUCUACCUCAACGUAUGGGAAUGAUUGACAAUUGCGAGAAAUUCGAUGCAGAUUAUUUUGAAAUACCCUUCAACGAAGUCCAUAUCAUGGAUCCUCUGAGUAGGAUGCUCAUGGAGCAUACGUACGAAGCUAUCGUUGACGCGGGAAUAAAUCCGAAAGUUUUAUCUGGAACGAAAACUGGAAUUUUUAUCGGAAUGUGCACAUCGGAGUCGGAGAAGACGUGGUUUAUUGAAAAAGCACAGAUAGCUGGCGCUGCAGCUUUUGGAUGUUACAAGCCUCUGUACGCAAAUCGAAUGUCUCACUGGUUAAAUAUAACAGGACCAUCUUGGACACUCGAUUCCGCUUGCAGCUCAAGUCUCUUCGCUUUAGAGUCCGCUUAUAGAAGUAUUCAGUCAGGGGAGUGUGACGCCGCUAUUGUCGGCGGUAUAAAUCUGUGCCUGAAUCCUUAUCUAGCUUUGCAGUUUGCGCGACUCGGAAUUUUAGCACCUGACGGAUUCUGCAAACCUUUUACCAACGAUGCAAACGGUUACAUGCGUAGCGAGACAAUCUCAGUCGCAUUUUUACAAAAAGCAAAGGUGGCUAAGAGAAUUUAUGCAACCGUCGUCCACGGGAAAACUAAUUGCGAUGGAUACAAGGAACAAGGCAUUACCUUCCCGUCGAGCAAAAUGCAACAAACCUUACUUGAAGAGUUUUACAAUGAAUGCGGUAUUUCGCCGACUUGCUUAGGCUACAUGGAGGCUCACGGCACUGGCACCUAUGUUGGCGAUCCAGAAGAAAUCAAUGCACUCGAGCAGGUUUUCUGCAAGAACAGACAAACUCCUCUAUUAAUCGGCUCUAUCAAGUCAAACUUGGGCCAUUCUGAAGCUGCUAGUAGCAUGUGUCAAAUUGCUAAGGUGAUAAUUGCAAUGGAAACUGGCUUAAUCCCGCCAAAUAUAAACUUCACACAAAUACGGAAAGGUGUUAAGGCUUUUGAAGAUGGAAGUAUACGCGUGGUGACCAACACAACACCGUGGACUUCUGGAUUUAUGGGUAUCAAUUCGUUCGGUUUUGGUGGAGCCAAUUGCCACAUCUUGAUGCGAAGUAACACAAAGGAAAAGAUCAAUAAAGGAGCACCGAAUGAUAAUCUGCCCAGACUCGUUGUCCUGUCUGGACGUACCGAACAAGCAGUUGAAUCAUUUCUAAAUGAGAUCGAGAACCGGCCGAUAGACGUCGAAUAUAUACGGCUAUUGCAUGAUAUUUACGCUGAUGAAAUGAAAAAUCAUCCUUACAGAGGAUACGUGAUUGUCGAAUCUAAAACGCCGAUCAAAGCGGCAAAAGAAAUACAAUAUUAUUCAGGUGAGAAAAAACCGAUUUGUUUUGUGUUCUCCGGAAUUGGAUCGCAAUGGAUUAGCAUGGGUCAAGCGCUACUGCGAUUCCCAGUAUUUUCCAAAACCAUAGAAAAAUGCGAUAUGAUUUUAAAAAUGCAUAGAAUGUAUAUCAUUGACAUAUUAACGAGUAAAAAUAAAGAUAUUUUUAACGAUAUAUUGAAUUCACUUGUGGGCAUCACCGUAAUGCAGGUAGGAUUAAUCGAUCUCUUAAAAUCCGUAAAUAUCGUGCCAGAUUAUGUCGUUGGUCACUCAAUUGGUGAACUCUGCUGCGCGUAUGCGACCGGUAAUUUCACCCUUGAACAAGUGAUUUUAUCCUCGUAUUACAUAGGACUGGAAUUGAAGAAAAUAAAAAAAAUUAACUUCGCGAUGGUGAAUAUCGGUCUCAGUUAUGAGAAUGUGAAGAACAUAUGUCCAACGGAUAUCGAAGUUAUCUACAGAAACAGUCAAAAUACUUGCUCCGUAAGCGGUCUAAAAAAGUCAGUAAAAGCGUUCACAAAACAAUUAGAGGCCAAUAAUGUAUUUACUGAGGAAGUCAACUGCUGCGAAAAUCCUCUGCAUACUCGUUAUCUCCUCCCCGCGAGAGCAACGAUUCUGGCUUACUUAAAUCAAAUAAUACCGCAAAAAAUGACUCCCAAUCACAUAUGGCAGUUUAUUUGCAACGCAAAAUUGUCCUGCGCUGAAUAUUUCACGAAUAAUCUAUUGAGUCCUGUAUUUUUCGAUAAAACCGCGCAGUUAAUUCCUAGAAACGCAGUGACUCUUGAAAUCGCGCCGGAUGCUAUUCUUCAGAGUGUUACGAAAGAACUGUUCGACACAACCAGUAUCACGUUACUUCAGCGUAAUCACGAGGACAAUGUCAAAGUAUUUUUCCAAGGUCUAGGAAAAAUGUACAACAAUGGCUUGCAACCGCAAUUAGCAAAUCUAUAUCCAACCGUGAAAUUUCCUGUUAGUCGUUCCACGCCGAUGAUCUCGCCGUCAAUCAAAUGGGACCAUUCCGAGAACUGGUACGUAACAAGCCAUAAAAUGCAGACGAAACUCUCUACCGGAGUAAGGAUGGUUGAAGUUGUGCAAAAUGACGAAGAUUACGAAUAUAUGAGCGGUCAUGUGAUUGACGGAAAACAGUUAUUGCCAGCUACUGGAUAUCUCAUGCUAGUUUGGCAGACGAUGGGUAUGCUGAAAAGUCUAUCGUAUAGCGAUAUGCCGAUCGUGUUUGAGAAUGUCAAGUUCAUUCGGGCAACGCACUUUCCGAAACAAGGACCCGUGUAUCUAACAAUAAUGGUGCAGAAAGGAAAUAAUGCCGUCGUCACUGGCACUGUGCGUGAACCGACAAAUAUUGCCGAAGAAAAGUUACCGAGUCAUCUGUUAAAUCAAGAGAACGACAAUGAGGAGGAAGUAAUGAAAACAAAAGAUAUCUACAAAGAACUCAGAUUACGAGGAUAUCAAUACGCCGGCAUGUUUCGAGGUUUGAAGAGUUCGUCGACUACGGGAAAACAAGGGCACAUAGCUUGGAUGUACAAUUGGGUAACAUUUAUGGAUAAUAUGCUGCAAAUGAAAAUCCUCGGGAUAGACACGAGGAGUCUUCACGUUCCCACGGGAAUACAAAAGUUGGUGAUCGAUACGAAAUUUCACAUACAGCAAAUACGGAACGCAGCAGCUAACGAUUAUCAGCUUCCUGUGCGUGUGUACAAAACCUGCGACGCGGUAGUAUCCGGCGGUGUAGAAAUUCGCGGAAUCACAGCUACUUCCAUAUUUCGUCGAAAGCCAGCGGGGGAGCCCGUUAUCGAAGAGUACAGAUUCAUAGCUCAUCGUGAUGGAGCCGAGGUCUUGCAGGAAGCCGUGAUGCUGUCGACGCAUCUCGCUCUGGAGUAUCAUCAAGUGAUAAAAGUGAAUAUUAUCGAAUUGAUCGAAGAUGAUGACAAAGUAGAAACAGAUGAAAUAGCAUCCCCAUUGUUUAUCGAUAUCUUGGGUGAUCUACCGUUGCUUCAACCAAACAUUACUCUGGUGACCAGAACCGAUCGCUUCGAUUGCGUUACUCUUCCUUCGAAAAUCACAGUCUCGCAAUCAAAAAAGUUGUCGACUGACGAUAAUGCGAUAUUAAUAACAGGAUACAAUUUGUUUACAAACAACAAGAGCAAGACCUUAAAAGAAAUUUUGCCGGCGUUACAAAACAAUGGAUUCUUAUUGACACGAGAACAGUCCUUCACGAAAGACGACAUUGCGACUGCCGAAAAGUACGAUUUAGCAGUAGUACUUGAGAAACGCACGCAGAAAGAGCACAUUAUACUGUUAAAGAAGAGAGAACAGUCGACGAAAAAAACUAAAGUUAUUCACGUGAACAAUUACGAGUUCUCUUGGUUGGAGCAGCUUAAAUCGAUCUUGAACGCGGAGAACGAGUCAAGAAACGCUGGAAAAAUAAUUUUAGUCAGCGAGAAAGAUUCGGAAUGCGGCUUGUUGGGCCUCGUCAAUUGCUUGAGAAGAGAACCAGGCGGCGAAUCGAUCAGAGGAGUAUUUAUUCAAGACGAAACUGCACCGGAGUUUUCUUUGCACGAUCCAUUAUACGCGGAGCAACUCCGGAUCGAUCUUAUCAUAAAUGUCUUGCGUCCGGGUAAAACAUGGGGUUCAUACAGACAUCUUCCGUUAGCGCCACUGACACCAAAGCUCGUGUACCACGCAUUAGCCAAUCAACUGAUAUUUCUCAAUUAGGUGAGCGGUGAUUUGAGUUCAUUUCGCUGGAUGGAAGGCCCGAUUACACCAGAUUAUAAGGAGAAUAAUCUCGUUCACAUAGCUUACUCGUCUCUCAAUUUCAAAGAUGUAAUGAUAGCGUCCGGCAAACUUGCACGAGAUAGUUUCUUUUUAAUGCGUGGACGACUCGAGGAUUGUAUGGUGGGUAUGGAAUAUGUCGGCGUCGAUAAUACUGGACAGAGAGUAAUGGGAAUUUGGGAAAACAGAUGCAUAUCAAAUAUGUGCACAUUCUCCAAAUACUUAUCCUGGAACGUUCCUGACGAGUGGAGCAUGGAGGACGCUGCCACGGUUCCGUGCGCUUACAGCACGUGCUGUUACGGAUUAAUCGUCAAAGCAAAUAUGAAAAAAGGCGAGACGGUACUGAUCCACUCCGGUACCGGUGCUGUGGGACAAGCUGCGAUUCAUCUUGCGCAUCACAAAGGUUGCGAGAUAUUCACCACCGUUGGCACUCCGGAAAAGCGAAAAUUUAUCAGAGACACGUUCCCGUUCAUCCCAGAGAAUCACAUUGGAAAUUCGCGCGACAACAGUUUUGAGCAAAUGAUACUUAGUCAGACCAACGGCCGUGGCGUGGACAUUGUAUUGAACUCGCUCGCCGAAGAAAAACUCCAGACGUCCAUCCGUUGCCUCGCGAAGGGCGGGCGUUUUCUGGAAAUCGGCAAAUUCGAUUUUAUGGCCAAUAAUUUGUUGAACCUGUCGAUGCUUUCUAAAGGGAUUAAAUUUUACAGCGUUAUGUUGGAUAAGAUAUUCACAGCUCCAGAGGAACCAAAAGCACAUUUAAACAGGGUAGUGGUCGCACAUCUUGAGAAUAAAGCUAUUCAACCGAUUGCCAGGAAGAUUUUUGAAAAGGAUGAAGUGGAGGCUGCAUUCAGAUACAUGGCAGCUGGAAAGCAUAUAGGAAAGCUUCGUCACUUUGUUGUGUUCUCUUCGGUAUCUUGCGGAAGAGGAAAUGCCGGACAGACCAAUUACGGCAUGGCAAAUUCCAUCAUGGAGAGAAUUUGCGAGAGAAGAGUGCAAGAGGGUCUGCACGGACUAGCAGUUCAAUGGGGUGCGGUCGGCGAUGUCGGCCUCGUGGCUGAUAUGCAAGACAACGACAAAGAAAUGGUUAUCGGCGGCACUUUGCAGCAAAAGAUAACUUCCUGCAUCGCGAAACUCGAGGACUUUUUGUUACAAAAACAGCCUAUAGUGGCGAGCAUGGUUGUAGCCGAAAAGCGGCUGAACACUUUUGGCGCAUCCAGUAUUGUCGAAACUGUGGCCAAUAUUAUGAAUCUGAAGGACAUGAGCACCGUGGCUCAUCACAUGCCUUUCUCCGAGCUUGGAAUGGACUCGAUGAUGGCUGUGGAAAUCAAACAGACCUUGGAACGGGAAUAUGAGAUUUUCCUUACCGCGCAAGAUAUUCGCAAUCUCAAUUUCGCUAAGCUCGCCAAAAUGUUCGAAAAAGAUGUGAAGAACGAGGAACUCACCGAGAUAACAGGAAUGAAAUUGCUCAUUCGCAUAUCAGGCGAAGAUCAAUUGAUACCCGAUGUUUGUAUAAAGCUUCCGACGAAAGAAAGCACGACGGAAAGCGAAAUAUUCCUAUUGCCAGGUAUAGAGGGUUGUGGAAGCGUCUUUGAUUUGCUGGUGCCAAAAAUCGAAGGUUCAGCAACGUGCCUGCAAUACAACACGCAUAACAUCGGCACAGACUUAACAUCAAUAAAAGAUAUCACUAAUAGCCUGUUACAGCACAUUUUGUGCAGAGAACAAAAAUUGCCACAAAAUUUUGUACUAGUCGGUUAUUCGUAUGGAUCGAUAAUUGCAAUUGAAUUAGCACGGAAGUUAGAAGAAAUGAAUCUCAAAGGCCGAUUGAUACUCAUCGAUGGAGCACCCGAGCAUAUGAAGGCAAUAGCUAAUGCAAAUUGUCCUUUCACUACGUUAGAUGAAUUCCAGAAUAAUAUUCUUUUGGGUAUAAUGGAUUUGUUUCAACCAACAGUUAGUGGAAAGUUUCUAUUGGAGUUAAACAAAUGUACUAAUACUAAUUGGGACGAAAAAUUAGAAAUUUUUUUGAAACAUGCUUCUUCGGCUUAUUCACAAGUAACGAUUGACAAAAGAAAAGCCUUGUGCACAACAAUGUAUAAGCAUUUGAUCGGUCUACAUGAAUACGAUGUGACACAAGUACCGAAGAUCGAAUCACCUAUAAUACUUCUGAAGCCCACGACAUAUUCAUUACUUUUUCCUCAAGAAGACUAUGGCCUGCACAAGAUUACUAAAGGAAAGAUAGAAAUACACUAUGUUGAAGGCACUCACAUGACAAUAAUGGACAAUGAGAAAGUCGUUGCUGCAAUUAAUGAGGCAAUUAAUUCCAUCGAACCUAUUCAAAAGCAUGCAAAUAUAAUGAGUAAUAAUAAUAUGACAUCUGUUCAAAAUAUCCGUGCUAGAACAUAGAAGUUAAUAUGCAAUUUCAAAUCCUAUGUGUAUACACA